GCCCGUCUGACGGUGAGAUGCCCGGUAGCUGGAACACGUCCCUGGAGGCCCCCGAGGUGCUGGCUGGGGGCAUCAUGGUCCCCGUGAUCUUCUCCCUCAUCUUUCUCCUGGGCACCUUGGGCAACGGGCUGGUGCUGGCCGCCCUGUGGCACCAUGGGCCGGGCAAGCGCAACACCACCAACCUCUUCAUCCUCAACCUGGCGGUCGCCGACCUCUGCUUCACCACCUGCAAAGCCGUCCACUUCCUAAUCCAUCUGACCGUGUACGCCAGCAGCUUCACCCUAGCCGCCGUCUCCGUGGACAGGUACCCGGCUGUCCACUGCCCCCUGAGAUCCCGGGAUGUGCGCACCUCGCGGAAUGCUCUGGCCGCCAUCGGCCUCAUCUGGUUCUUUUCUCUGCUGUUCGCCGGGCCGUACCUCAGCUACUAUCGGACCGUGCCCUUCCGCGGGCUGGCCCUGUGCGUGCCCGGCUGGGAGGACCGGCAACGCCAGGUCCUGGACCUCCUCACCUUCGUGGUGGGCUACCUGCUGCCCGUGGCGGUGGUCACUCUGGCCUACGCCCGCACCCUGCACUUCCCCUGGACUGCGGUGGACCCCGUGGCCCGGCUCUCGGUGGCCCGCCGGGCCAAGCGCAAGGUGAGCCGGAUGCUGGUGGUGGUGGCCGCCCUGUUCGGCCUCUGCUGGCUGCCCCAUCACCUGGUCAUCCUCUGCUUCUGGUUCGGCCACUUCCCCUUCAACCCAGCCACCUACGCCUGUCGCCUGGCCUCGCACUGACUCUCCUAUGCCAACUCCUGCCUCAACCCCCUGGUCUACGCCCUGGUGUCCAAGCAUUUCCGCCGGCGCUUCCUCCGCUUCUGCCCCUGCCUGUUCCCACCUGCCCCCGGGGCCCGCCGUGUCCACGCUGCCCAAGGGCCGGUGAAAGGAGGACGCCUCAGGCCCUGGCAGCAGUCGGGGACGGAACAGAACUACCGGCCCUACUCAACCUCCACUUGCCACUGUCCUGGGAAGUCUGAAAGGAAGGAGUGGAGGGGCAGUGAGCUAACCUGGAACGCCCUGGUCCCGCACCCUGCUGCCGGGAACAAGGUUCUGCCCCGCUGCUUUGGGGGGCGUGGAGGCUGCCAGAGUCUGUGA